GUUCAUAUCCUUUUUCACUGCUGCCUUGUGCUUCAAUACAGCCAUGGCUGGCCUGAACAUCUUGGUGGCUUUCUUUGCCUCAACUAUAGCACUGUGCCAGCUUCUCCGCUGGGCAACCAGAAGGCUUCUGCCUGAUAGGCUGUAUCAGUGCACAGCCAGUGAGUUGGCCAGUUCAUUGCAGUUAUGUGCUUGUUGUCUGGAGUUGCGGAUGCUGGUGGAAAUUGGGAUGUGGGGAGGUGGUUAUGGCCCCGAUGUAAUCACCACUCUGCUUUUUCUUCUGUUCAUUGCCCAUGGAUUCACUUUUGAUAAAGCAUCUGGCAACUCAGCAGUGUCAUUGCAGGAGUUCCUUCUCCGUGACUCUCCUCUUCUAGACACGGCGGCUAGGUUACUGACACAGUACAUGGGCAUGGAGGCUGCUAAGGUGCUAACCAAACAUUAUUGGGCUUUGGAGCUCACCGAAUUCCACAUGAUUCAGAAUCUCAUGGCUCAGGACUGCAGCUCAUCUCUGCAAACCUCAGUUGCUCAUGGUGUGUUUGUUGAAGGGUUAUGCGCAUUCUGUUACCAUUUGGUGCUCCUUCGCUUCAAGACCACAAGGCUGGCCUACAGGGUUCCUAUUGCUGCACUUACUGUCUCUCUUCUGUCUUACGCAGCUGGAUCAUACACUGCAGCAUUCUUUAACCCCACACUGGCUUCCUCAGUGACCUUCCAAUGCUCUGGAAACACCCUAAGGGAAUAUGCACUGGUGUAUUGGUGUGGCCCUUUGGCUGGCAUGAUGCUGGCACUCUUCUUAUAUCAAGGCAACAUCCCUCUGCUCUUCCAGAGAAACCUGCUGUACUCCCAGAAGGGCAAAUACAAAACUCCAAAGGCAAAAGCACUUCAUGCCCCUAAAGCUAAGGCUACAGAUAAUCUUACAUCUCCUCAAAAUAGAAAAGGAUCUGAGAAGAAAGCUGAUCAAGACGGGUCUAAGAAAGCUGAUCAAGAUGGGUCUAAGAAAGCCAGUCAAGAUGGGUCUAAGAAAUCUGGUCAAGAUGGAUCUAAGAAAGCCGAUCAAGAUAGAUCUAAGAAAGCCACUCAAGAUGGGUCUAAGAAAGCCAAUCAAGAUGGGUCUAAGAAAGCUGGUCAAGAUGGGUCUAAGAAAGCUGUUCAAGAUGGAUCUAAGAAAGGUGGACAAGAAGGGUCUAAGAAAGGUGGUCAAGAUGGGUCUAAGAAAGGUGGUCAAGAUGCAUCUAAGAAAGGUGGUCAAGAUGGAUCUAAGCAAGGUGGUCAAAAUGGGUCUAAGAAAGGUGGUCAAGAUGGAUCUAAGAAAGGUGGUCAAGAUGGGUCUAAGAAAGCCAAUCAAGAUGGAUCUAAGAAAGGUGAUCAAGAUGGGUCUAAGAAAGCUGUUCAAGGUGGAUCUAAGAAAGGUGGUCAAGAUGGGUCUAAGAAAGCCAAUCAAGAUGGAUCUAAGAAAGCCAAUCAAGAUGGAUCUAAGAAAGCCAAUCAAGAUGGAUCUAAGAAAUCCAAUCAAGAUGGAUCUAAGAAAGCUGCUCAAGAUGGAUCUAGGAAAGCAGCCCAGAAAUGAAGCAGCUAAGCGCUACAGUGACAAUGAUGGGAGAAUGAAACAUAGGAGCUAUUCCAACGCAUCAUUUUUGAAGAAAGGAAUGAAUCUGUUACAUUUUCAGAACCAUUGGUCCCAUUGUUUUUUAUUAUUAGAAAAAUAGAAUUGAAGGUUCCGAACAGUGUGUUCAAUGUAAUUCAUAUCAAGGGGCUAAAGAGAGUGUUCAGCCACUGGUUUAUAUUUUGUCCUUUAGACAAGAAUUAAAUCUUGCAUUUGCUAAAUGUAUCUUCUAUAAAUCCCCUUUUAAUUAAUUACUUAUUAUUAUUCUAUAACAGUAUAUAUAUUUAUAUGUGUGUGUAUAUACACAGAGGUAAAACACAGCCACUGUGAAACAGGGUUACAGUUAUAAGCAGGUACAUGCACUCAGUAAGCUCUUUAUAGUUUUCUUGAAGCUGAACUAUAACUCCAUAAUGGUCAUUUACAAUGACUGGAGGAAAGAAGUGCAAGGGCACUAAAAGGCAAACUGGGGUUUGUGGAGCUCUGUCCCUAUACAAGCACUUCAUCAGCCCUCCUAUUGUACCGGCCCUUUGUGCUUUCCACCCAAUAUGACUUCUUUACAGUAAUGCAGAAUUAUGAUGUCCCAACGGAGGACUUCAAAGGACAAGUGGAGGGGUAGGGACAGCAGGCAACUGGGAUACUGCAAUAAAGGACACAGUGAGAUGUUUUAGAGAUAAGACAGAGACACUGACCAGGUGUUCUAAUUAUUACUGGUAAACAAAGAUAGCAUGAGAUCAACAAAAAGUAUUCUCAAUAUUUGUAUGCUGUUGAUUUUUUUUCUCAAUACAAUAGUAUUUCAACUGUUUGCUUCAGCACCAGCAGUUUAAUAUACUGGAGUGUUGGAGUCACCAUUCUCUGGCACAACAACGUAUCAGCUGGCCCCAAGCCUGGCUUCAGGUUAUAGGCAAGAUUUUGGCCGUCCCAGACUGGUAUGGCUUUCUAUGUUCCUCUACUUCCCAUUGCAUUCUCUCUGUUCCACAAAUUGCCACACUGUUCCAGAAGGAAUAAUUAAAGUAGUUAUACAAUUA